ACUCACACAUCGCUUGAGCGACCUCCCCACGCAAGCAGCGGUCUCGGUCCAAACCUCAAGCUCCUGCUCGUCGCACACCGCGACAUGUCCAUCUCGCCCGAUCACGUCGUGCUCGUUGAGGACGAGGGCAUCGCCCUCUGUGGGCUCUUCAUCAUCGACCCAUAA